AGCGUUUGCUCACUCUUCCUCCCAAAGCCGUCCCAGUUCCAGAUACGGCUCUCCAGAAAUAGACUGGGAAUCCGAGGAAGUGGUUCGUUCAGCAGCUUCCACUGAGCGAGGGAAGCUAAGCAAUGUUCAGAUGGCCAGAUUAAGUCUCCUAGGAAAGACUCUCCCAUCAAAAUUAUUUCACUCAGAUUGGGCUAUAGAGCACAAUUCUGAGGUUAGAGAUUUUGCAAAACUAGCCUUCAGAUCCCCCUUGGUUAAGGAGGAUGACCUUCUCCUCAGGAACCACAUUGGUAUCCCGGACAUUCAGGCUUUAAUGGCCCCAGAGGUAGAUCCUGCUCUGUUAUCCAUCACAGGGAGCAGCGUAUCCUCUGAUCCCACAGACCAGACUUUUCGCAAUAUACAGUUCAAAAUUGCUAAUGCUGUGGGCCCACUAUUACUGAUGCUGGAUAAGGCAGAAAAAGAAGGCAAUGCUCAGAAACCUUCCGCUUCAUCUCUGUUGGCAUCUAAGAUGGCCCUUUUAAAAGCAUCUGGCAGGGCAGUGCUAAUUAUUGGCCAAUCCUUUAAUUACAUAUCUAACAUCCGCAGAUCCCGCUGGCUCCAUGCAGCAGGUCUGUUCGACCUAGCCCCCAAAUCGCAUGAGUUCCCAAAUUUGGAGGAUUCUUACCUAUUCGGUCCCUCGUUCAUUCAGGAGGUAAAAGGCCGUUACAAG